AUGCCAGUUACCGUUUUACCCUUAGAAAAUACCCCAUUAGGUGCUAAGAUCCAACUACCAGAUGGAUGCAGUGAUCCUUCAGAGUUAUCUGAAGAAGAUUUCAAGGACUUGUACGAUGCGUUGAUGACUUACUCUGUUGUUGUUAUUCCUGGUAUGGAAGAUUUGAAGCCCGAGUCACAAUGGAGAUUGACUACUAUGUUUGAUCCAACUUGUGAUCAAACUGGGAAAUCUUAUGGUCAUGGCAAGGAAUUUCGCCAUCAAAACUCUGUCUUGAGGCGUGAUGGUAUGACAAUUCCUGAUCAACCUCAGGUCCAAGUAUUAGGACAAGGGCAAUGGCCUGCAGGCCAUUACGGCAUGGGGGAGCUUAACUUGAGACAUCCUACUCAUUUCGAUUUCCAUGACAAACCAUUGACUGAUCAAGAAGCAUUUGAAGAGGACAAAACAAGAUUCUACCGUUGGCACAUUGAUUCUGCAUUAUAUGCACUAUCACCUCCAGUGGUCACAACUUUGUUAGGUAUUCACGUUCCACCAGAAUCCAGAAAACAGAAGAUCCAUUAUGAUGAUACUGGUGAUGUAUUGGAAGUAACUCAAGGUGCUACUAGCUUUGUGUCUGGUGCUAACGCCUUUGACUUACUAUCUGAAGAGGAUCAACAACGUGCUUUGAAAACAACAGUUGUGUAUGCACCACAUCCUUAUAUCUUCAUUUCUCCUGCCAGAGCAACAUCAGAUGGUUUAACUAUGGUUUCAGAUGGGAAGGAAAUGAAAUUUGAAGAUCUACCUCCAUGGGAGGAAUCUAAGAUUAAACGUUUACCUUUAGUGUGGACUAAUCCAGUGACUAAGAAGCACCAUUUACAAGUCCAUGGUUGUUGUAUUCAUCAACUUGAAUUGCCAGAUGGAACUGUUCUAGAUUUGGAAGACGCUCGUAAGGAAGUUUACAGAAUGAUGAGACCAGCCAUUUCACCAGAUCAAGUGUAUGCUCACGCAUGGGACAAAGGUGAUCUAGUCAUCUUCCAUAACAGGGGUGUUUGGCAUUCUGUUACUGGUCAAUUUAAGGAGGGAGAAAAGAGAUUGAUGCACCAAUGUAACAUCGCUUCCGGUAUAGAUCCAGUCACCGUCCUUUAA